AAUUGCAUCACGGCCGUUUCGUCACGGCGUGGCUCGUCAUCCAUUCCCUCUUCCCUGCGCUCUCCUCCUGUAUCAUAACAGAUGGUGGUGGGGUCUAUUAAUCUGCUGUGUUCAGCUACAAUAUCUAGCAGCGUUGUGUCCGGCCGAACUGGUGUUCCAGUAUGUGUAUGGUUUCACCUAAAUACGUGAGGCUGUGAGUACCGUCGUGCGGUACCUUCACGGCCACCGAGGAACCUUCCCGCGUCUAUUUUGGCUCUCCAUCAACUGGGGGAAGAUGGCCGCUAUGAAAAUUUUAACAAGUACAGGUCUCUUCUUUGCUUUUUGUGCACUAGGAUUGCUUGCGAUGGCAAUCUGCACCGACUACUGGUACGAGACGGAUGCAAGAAGACACCGGGAGAGAUGUAAAAACUAUGCCAAUAAGCGCAAUGACCCUGGGUAUAUCUACAUCUCGAAUCACAACCUUCCUCUCCAGAUGCCUCCGAAGAGCAUUGAGAGGAAAGGUAAUGGCCCAGAUACUGGCGCUAUCAUCAGGAACAAACGACACUUUGUGGCUGCUGCAUCGGCCAUGGAGUCCCAUUGCAGUCGUCAGUUUAACUCGACCAUCUCCGGCCUGUGGAGGAAGUGCCACCGAGAGGGAUUCGACCUGGAGACAGAGGACCUUAUUUACAAAGGAAUAAUUCAGAGAUGCAUCCCAGUCAAGUACCACUACACUUCCUCAGUCCUCCCACGGAACCUACCCAUCAACAUCACAAAGACCAUCCGUCAGGACGAGUGGCACGCUCUCCACCUCCGGAGGAUGACUGCAGGCUUCGUGGGCAUGGCGGUCUCCAUCAUCCUCUUUGGCUGGGUGGUCGGGCUGCUCGGCUGCUGCCAGCAACAUGACCUCAUGCAGUAUGUAGCUGGGCUGCUCUUCCUCAUGGGAGGUACGUGUUGCAUCAUCUCCCUGUGCACUUGCGUAGCAGGGAUCAACUUUGAGCUGUCCCGCUACCCGCGCUACAUGUACGGCCUGCCAGAGGACAUAAGCCACGGCUACGGCUGGUCCAUGUUCUGUGCAUGGGGCGGCCUGGGCCUCACCCUGCUGGCAGGCUUCCUCUGCACCCUGGCACCCUCUCUGAGCACGCCCACUCGCACCACCACCCACAAGCCCAGGCAAGAGAAUGGAACCGUGUGACCGCCACCCCCCCCCCUCCCCCGCCCACCAGCCCCGGUGUCAAUUGACCGACGGGAUGGCCAGCACCGUCGCCCUUCCGCGCGUCGUAUUGUCGAACUCUCAUGUAAACUAAAUGUCCGGUCGCCAUUUCACUCCGCCGUCCACGUCCACGCCAUCUGUCUCGGUGUUCCGCGUGCCUAUGUCGAUGUACGAAGGAGUGAAGUGAUGAUAAGAAACUUUACACACAUGUGUUUCUGGGAUCCUGCGAGAGAGCCCUGGGAAGGCAGAGGUUUGAACAUUGCAGUAUCCUGAGGCAUGGUGGGUUAGAGCACAAACAGAACUCUUCGAUGUGUUGCCUUGACCUGCUUCACAUGCUAACAGAUCUGGAGGGGACUGUUUUUUCUCAAGAGGAAUUCGUCUUAAAUUUAAAUUUGUCUUAAAAUGGUGCUCUCCCAUGCACAUACUACAUUAACACAAAA